UGUAAAGGUGUAUUAUUUGUUUUGUGUUGUGUUGAUGUGUCCAACAACACAGUGCCGGAGAUGACAGCAUCCUGGCUGGUUGUUACACGUCUUUAAAAAAAUAAACUGAACCAGGAACUGUAAUGAUGAUGCAAGUGUCUAUUAUUAUCAUAUAAAACAUACUGAUAGACGCCAACACUUUAUUUCCUCAAAGAGUAAAGGGUCAACGCUUCCAGCGCACAUACACACACCUCUAUGACUUGACAGUUAUUCAAGAUCUUCAGUGUAACUAAAGUUCACCAGUGCAUGUCUGAAGGACCUGGUGUGAUCACUUCCCUGAAACCUCCUGGGCCAACUCUUGCUACUCGAAGUCGAUUAUCAAACAUGGCAGGUAUAAAGGCCAGCCUCUCUGAAGAUGACAUUCUCAUUUCUCAAUACAGUGGAUCAGCAUCAAAGGAUUCUGUAGGAAGAAGUAAAAAGAUUAAAAAUGUAGGACUGCAACAUCCCCGGGCUGUCACCUUCCUCGUGCUGUGGUACAUCUUUAGUGGCAUUACCCUCUUCCUCAACAAGUAUAUUCUCACAUACCAAAAAGCUGACCCUCAUGUGCUUUGUGGCAUGCAGAUGCUGAUAACAAUGUUCUGUGGGUUGGUUCAGAUGCGAUAUCCCCUAGGCACAUACAAACAUAUUAAAGGCCAACAAAAACCUGACAACUUCAAGAAGAGCAUGCUCAUCCUUGGUCUUUUACAACUUGGUACAAUAAUGUUUGGGCUGAUAGCCAUCUAUUAUGUGGCUGUGAGCUUUGCUGAAACUGUGAAGAGUUCUGCACCAUUAUUUACUGUUUUAAUCGCCUAUUUUGUCUUAGGUGAACGAACAGGUGCAUUUGUGUUCUUUUCACUGAUCCCAGUCAUGCUUGGAUUAGCACUCUGCUCUAGUAAUGAACUUUCAUUUAGCAUAAUUGGAUUCCUAUGUGCCUUGACAACAAACCUAUGUGAGUGUGUGCAGAGUGUAGUAUCUAAGUCACUGCUCUCCAAUAAAGCCUACAUUUACAGCCCAGCAGAGCUGCAGUUCUAUCCCAACCUGGCUGCUGUGUUGCUGCAGUUUCCAACUUGGUACUUCUUGGUAGAUUUUGAUAAAUUAUACAAUCAACUGGACCAUAACCUCCUUUCUGCUAUUAUUCUGGAUGGCAUAUCUUUCCAUGGACAAACUAUUACUGCGUAUGUUCUUAUGUCAUAUGUGAAUCCUGUUACAUACAGUGUUGCCAACACGACCAAAAGAGCCUGCUUGAUCUGGCUGUCAGUGCUUCUGUUUGGUAACCCAGUCACAGUGUGGAGUGGUAUAGGGACAGCUGUUGUGAUUGGUGGAGUUCUGCUCUACAGUAAAGCUCGUGAAAUUGAUGCACGCAGAAGAGAACAGUUCUCCAUUACUGAGGAAAAAAUGAACAGUAUUAGAUAAAGAGUAGUGUCUAUUUGUUUUAACUAAUCAUAUUAUUUAUUGAUAUAUCCUACUUAUUAUAUUUUUAUGAAAGUACUUCUUAAAGGAAAUCCAAGAUCUUCAAGGAAGAAUGUUGCUUUCAUAUAAUGUAGUAAUUUAUGUGCAUUGGUCAAUCUGCAUUAAAUUUCUUUGGGGGCUUAUUAAAAUGCUAUUCAUUUAAAAAUAGUACUUAAAUAUAAAUAUAAUUUGCAUGAUAUAUAUUAAAUUUUGUAUGAAAAUCUAAUGAAUUCUUUCAAAACUGUUAUCCUCGGCAGUAAUUUGUAUGUUACAGAAGUGGAGGUCAAAGAAGACUGCACACUGAUAAUUUGGCUUACACUAGUUCUCUUGGAUUAAUUAAAUUUUUAUUAGCUUUGUUGAAGUGCUUUGCACCAACUGUUAAGUUUUUGAAGUAAUUUAUAAAUGUUUUUAAAGCUUUGUUCUUUUGACACUGGGUAAGUACUGUUUAUCUGUUUUGCUGUCCAUUGUGUAGAACUACAUCAUUGAGGCCAGGGGUCCCUGAUGUAGUUCUUCAUCAUGAGCUCAGCUUAUUUAGAUAACCUGUGAGUGGUAAAUUUUGGUGUUGAUAUGAGAGUGGUUUUUGGGACCUGAUGAGGUGUUGGGAGUGUGAACAGGGUAAUAUUUUGCGAAGGGAUUCAGGGAAACCGGUUAGCCAGGCUUAAGUCCUGGAAAUGGGAAGUACAGUGGACCCCCGGUUAACGAACUUUUUUCAUUCCAGUAGUAUGUUCAGGUGCCAGUACUGACCGAAUUUUUUCCCAUAAGGAAUAUUGUGAAGUAGAUUAGUCCAUUUCAGACCCCCAAACAUACAUGUACAAAAGCACUUACAUAAAUACACUUACAUAAUUAGUCGCAUUUGGAGGGGAUCGUUAAGCGGGGGUCCACUGUACAAUGCCUGCACUUUAAAGGAGGGGUUUAGGAUAUUGAUAGUUUGGAGGAACAUCUAAACUGUCGUACCUGAACACCUCUGCAAAGACAGUGAUUAUGUAUGAAUGAUGGUGAAAGUUUUUUCUUUCUUUUGGGGUUUAUUCUUUCUUUUUAGGUCACCCUGCCUUGGUGGGAAGCGGCCAACGUGUUAAAAGAAAAAAAAAGAGACUGCGUCUAUGCGGUGAGUGUGCACCAUAUAUAAAAAAAUCCUGCCCAAUGUGGUGCAUGAUGGGAAAAAAUAAAUUUGACUGUGUGUGUGGUUUAAAAUAUCAGAAUUGCAGUGGUUUUCUUGGAUGGUUUUUAUGGUUUUAUUGGCUGUUUCUUGGUACCCUUUGAUAGAAUGGAAGACAUUUUACUGAAAUAGAGAUGAUGUUGAUUGGUUUCAGAACUGGAAAUAGCUUGAAUUGAAGUCAAAGUAAUGAAAAUAUUCUAUUUUUGCUGAUAUUUCAAAGGAUGGGAAAGGCAACUCCCCCUCCUUGUAACCCCCAGUCUGUUUUGUGUGUUUUUAAUAGGAUUGAUUCAGUUAUUGGGAUGCUGUAAACCAUGAACAGUCUUUCCUGGUUUUAUUUUAUUAUUUUUUAUGUGAAUGAAAACUCAAAAUUGGAAGCAAGUGUAAUACAGGAGAGCCCUUGGGACAUUACUAAUGAACAGAGGAAAUGUUUUAGUGCCAGGAAUGUCUGCAUUGUUUAUUAUGGACUCAAUUUUUAAAUUGGUAUUGAUUUUAAUUUUGUGUGAAAUUAAUCAAAUUAAAUUCUGUUCACUAUUGGGUAAUUGAAAUAGUUGAAUGGGUGAUUUCUUGUGCUCAGUUGAUAGAAUGGAAGGCAUACUUGAGAUAUAGCUAAGAAUUUGGUUGACGGGAACAAUAGGACUGAAAGUGGGUGAAAUUGCCGGUGUGUAAGUUAACUUUUCGCUAGCAUAAUUCCACGAGUUUUCCUUCAAAUUUUGUACUUUUGGUGUCAUUGUCUUCAGAAAUAGAUUCUCUAUUUCAGUUUUUUAACAUUGAGAUCAAGUUUCAUUUUGGGGGUGUGGACAGUGAAAGAGUUAAAAUCAUUGCUUUGAGAUUCUUAAUUAAUCUCAGGGACUUUUUAAUGUAUUGAUAAUAUAUGCUAUCAAUAAUAUUUACUUUGAUGUUUAUAAGUUAACUUUCAGGGAAUAAUUUGUAUGGUAUAAUGUCAAUGUGACUACUUUGUAUGAUUGGAAAUACACUUUGUGUGAUCCACUUAUGAAAGUUAAAAUAAUUACUUUCACAUUCCAUCUGAAUGAUGAUUUGUUUUGUUAACUUUUCUGCAUCUUUAAUAAACAGAAAAUUUCAAAUUUAACAAAUAAGGAUGAUAAACUAUGGCAUAAGUCAACUGGUGGAGAAAAAGACCCAUAUGGGUUUAAUGCUUCUUGAAAUACAACCAUAUGUGUAGGUGUCACCCUGCCUCGGUGGGAGACGACCGACUUGUUGAAAAAAAAAAAAAAAAAAGUGUAGGUGUCUUCUUGAGUGUGAUGUCAGCUAGUGACUCAUAAAAUUUUUUUUAUAAAACAAUAAUGUGCAUUCAUUACUUGUAACUGAAAAUUAUUCCAGCAGUCACAUUUCAGUUAAUUUUUUGUUUAUUUAUUUACUUUUUCCUAAAUUGUAAAUUUGUUCCACUUAAGGUUAAGAGGCCAUAUUGAUAUACAGUGGAACCUCGGUUUUCAUGAUUAAUCCAUUCGAAAAGUCUGAUGAAAACCGAAUCGUAUCAAAACUGAAGCAAUAUUUCCCAUAAAUAAUGUAAGUCCAAUUAAUCCAUUCCAGACACCCAAAAAUAUUAACAAAAAAUAUAUUUUAUAGAGAAUAACUAUAGUUUUAUAUAAGAAAACAAUGAAAAAUUAAUAUAAAUGACUAAAGAAAUGGAUAAAUGAACAUUUAACAUCACUUUUACCUAUAUUGAAAACUCUUGUUGGGACAAGAACUUCACUGUGAUUAAACUAAACUCCUCUAACAAUUGGGCUUCCAAGCCUGGAGGAUGAGCAGGAGCAUUGUCCAUUACCAGGAGGCACUUGAGUGGCAGUUGAUUUUCCAGUUGGUAUUUCUUCACACUCAGGCCAAACGCUUCAUUGACCUACUCAAUGAAAAUUUGCCUCAUGACCCUUGCCUUAUUGUUAGCCUUCCACAUCACAUACAAUUUACUCUUGAUGACUUUGUUUUUCUUGAACACUCGGGGAUUUUCAGAGUGAUACACCAGUAGAGGCUUCACUUUGAAAUCCCCACUAGCAUUACCACAGAACAAAAGAGUUAGCCUAUCCUUCAUAGGCUUGUGUCCUGGCAGUGCCUUUUCCUCCUGCGUGAUGUAGGUCCUCUUUGGCAUUUUUUUUCAAAAGAGGCCUGUUUCAUCAUGUUACAAAAAACACGAUUUCUAAUAAGCUUAGAGAUCUCCAGUGAAUACUAGAAUGGACUGCCCUUCUAGCAUUCAGCCUGUUACUGGGUUUUCGUAACAAGUAGUCAGUAUCCUGGUCCAAUUAUCCAUUAGAAUUCAAUAAGAAUUAUUAGUGCUUCAGGAUUACAACUGGUAGGCUACUAACUAAAGAAAUUAAAAUUUAAUCAUUUUAUUAAUAAUGAUGUCUAGGAGUAUAUUAUCAAAUUAAAAUAAAUUAAUCGAUUUAAACAAAUUAAUAAUAAUCACUUCUCUCAUGUACAGUAGUAUUGUGCUGAUGGCACAUAUCACAUUUAUACAUCUUAAGUACCAUCUGGUACAUUAACAUUUAAUAAUACAUAUAUACAAAUAAAUUUGUGUGUAUGUGUGUAAGUGCUCUAAGUAGUUCGCUAUGUCUCACGACUCGACUAGAUUUAAACCAGUGACUGACAAAGUCCUCACAUAAACUAACUUCUUGACCACCUGACAAUCAGAAUAGCUUGCUUGAACAAUAAAACGACUGCUAAGCCGAACAACAAUAUAACAAGCAACUGCGACACAGAAUCAGGAACAAGGAGAUAAUAUAACGACACUAAGUAGGGACCAUCUGCAGAUCCUCCACAAAAGUCACCAAACUCCCAUACUACUGAAUCUAAGUUCAGCGUAAGAAAAUCACCGACUGUGACAGUACACAGAUACCAGAUACCAGUGUCUAUGUGACACACAACCUCAGUACAACGUCGAAAAUCACUAAGUCUAGACAGUGUUCUGUGAACAGAGUUAUACAGAACCAACAACAAAAAAGCGACAGAGACGAUCUUCCAACAAGGGCCAAUAAGGGAGAGUUAGGAAUACGUCCAACCACCAAGAGAGUCUAGCCCAGACUGAUUACUACAGGCGAGGUGUGAACACCCCCCUUUCCCUUGAUCACGUGAUAGCUCCGUGGACAGUUGCUGCCCAGCAACACCGAGAAGCCGGCAGAGUAACGAGCCAUGAGUGAUAAUUACAAUAGUUAGACAAUCAAGACUUGAACUACGAGCACAUAAUAAUAAUAUAUGAAUGUUACAUCCUACCUAACAAUAUAACUAAGUCAAAUAAUAAUAUAAAGCAAUAUAUUUACGAUUUAGCUAUUAUUGCAAAUAUAAGCAAUAUAAAAUUAUCUGAAACGGUAAUAUACAUUAUAUACAUUGUGACCCAUUCAGGGGUUGCAACACAUCACAAUUGAACACUUGUUGGGGGAAGACCUUCAGCCUCUACGUACUCCUUGAAUUCCUCAGCAUCACGUUUGUCUGAACUUGUAGCCUCGCCCCUUGUGGCUUAGCGCUUCUUUUUGAUUAUAGUAAUUGUAGUCUCGCCAUGCCUUACCAAACUGUGUAUGCCAGUUCAUUUCUUGAAUAUGUCAAACCAGCUUCUUCUGGCCUUAAAUUCACUAACAGCAGCACUUAUUCCAGGCAUAUUCUUUGUGAGAUCCACAUGCAACUGCCUUGCCUUUUCGCGAAUUAUCGCCUCCAAAACACUACCUCCCGUUAACCAUUUUUCGUUGAUCUACACCAACGACAACUUCUCAACAUCGUCGAUUGUCUGCAAUCUCUGUUUCAUUAGCACAUUUACCCCCUUUUGCAACAUAAGCUUCCUUGAUUUCUUUUUUCUUUGCCAGGAUGGAACUGAUCGUUGAUGCGAACUUCCCGUACAUCCUGGCGAGAUCGGCCAUGCGUAUGCCACAAGUUCGCUAUGAGUUCUUUCUUGAAUUUUAUAAUGUUUCUCACCUUCUUUAUCAAAGGGCAGUCACACUCAAUAAACAAGCACAAAAAACAAUGGAUUAUUACAAAAUGUUUCAGAUGAAUGUGCAGGGUGAUGCUCACUCAACGAGAAACAAAGACAGACUGAGUCAUGAACGCAUGAGAUGCUUUGUGUGAGCACUUGAUUCCAGGAAAUGAGUGGCCAAGUCACGCGGGCAGAUGGACGAGUUUGGUACAGACCAUUUUUAACUACGAAAACUGAGCAGAUGUACGAGAACUGGGACAAAAUUUUGACGAAAAAAGUCAUCUAAAACCAAAUCAUACGAAAACUAGGACAUACAAAAACCAAGGUUUGACUGUAUAAGGGAAACCAUACCUCACUGACUAUGCUUUGGUUAUACUAGAUUCAUCCAUGGUCAUUUUACGGAGGAAUAUCCAGCUCCACUUUUAAGGAAAUGCCAGGUCAUGCUGUGAGUCCAUCACUUUUUUGACUGAUUGUCCAUAUUAUCAGGAAACAUGAUGACUAGUGCCAUGUCAUGCUUUUAAUCCCUGUUUGAAAGUUUCACCUUUAAUGCAGAUUCUCUGACUUUUUAACAGUGAUUGACUACUGCUCUGACACUAACUUUCUCAUUCCACUUUCAUACCCAAUCUUGGUAAUUUUCCUCGUGCCUAUUUAACCCCCUAAUGUUAGUUCUUUUUUUUUUAUCAUGCAGCAUUGAAUGAUUCUCACUGGUUUAGAGCUUUUCUUAAACAUAAAAAUUUUAUUUUUAUGAGGACCUUGCCAUGUGUUGUGUUCAUGAUACUUUUUUUAAAUAAUUUGUUAAUUUUUCUCAAGUCUUCCCUAUACAUAACCUAUGUAAUGCAGGUGGGGGUAGUGUGCUUGAUGUAAGUAUAUACACAAAUUUUUGUAGGCCUCAAAUUUGCCACUUGCUGUCAUUUUAGGCCUUGUCUGAUUUGUAAUAAGAAAAAAAAUUCCAAGCUGCAUGGAUUAUGGGUAAUAUCACUUAGUAAACUAAGCCUCAUGAUGACAUGCCAGCACAGCAGCCUUACUAGCAGUAAAAUAAAGUGAAUUAUCUUCCGUUUAGACACCAGCGAUAGUGAGGAUUGUAUGACAGAUGCUGAUUCCUAUUCUGGUUUUGAAGGUAACCACAAUGAUAGUAACACAUUGAGUGUGUUAAAUGCAAGUCCGACAGACAAUAUAUCGUGGCAUCCACCUCAGGCAUUGAUACACAACAACAGAAGUGAAAAAAGGUAUUUACCCACAAAAAUGACUGAUUGAAACAGUAUUGAUGAGGGCUGUGAUAAUUAUAUCUCUAAGGUGGAAAGUGACAGUGAGGCAUACGAGGUCCUAUUCUUCCUACACACUUUCUUUAUUUUAUUGUUAAGGAGCGGUGCUGUAUGACCCUGGUAGGUUUAGUGCUUCCUUUUAAUGAUAAUAAUACUAAUAAUAUGAUUAAGGAGAACAUGAAAGCAAUAUUGACCUAGAUGGUACUGACAAUGGUAGUGGCAUUUCCAGCUGCUUCACUACCCCCACCACCACAAGCUGUCACAUCAGUAAUGACAACAACACCAGCCUUGACCCCAUUAGCCAUGACACCACCACCACCCUUGACCCCAUCAGCCAUGACAACACCACUAGCCUUGACCCCAUCAUCCAUAUCCAUGACAACAUUUGCUGUGACGACAGCACCAUCCAUGAGAGCAGCUCUAGCUGUGAUAGCAGCAUCAGCCAUGAGAGCAGCACUAGCUGUGACAGCAGCACCAGCCAUGAGAGCAGCACUAGCUGUGACAGCAGCACCAGCCAUGAGAGCAGCAUUAGCUGUGACAGCAGCACCAGCCAUGAGAGCAGCACUAGCUGUAACAGUAGCACCAUCUAUGAGAGCAGCACUAGCUGUGAUACCAGCAUCAGCCAUGAGAGCAGCACUAGCUGUAACAGUAGCACCAUCUAUGAGAGCAGCACUAGCUGUGAUACUAGCAUCAGCCAUGAGAGCAGCACUAGCUGUGACAGCAGCACCAACCAUGAGAGCAGCACUAGCUGUGACAGUAGUUCCAGCCAUGACAGCAGCACUAGCUGUGACAGUAGUACCAGCCAUGAGAGCAGUACUAGUUGUGACAGCAGCACCAGCCAUGAGAGCAACAUUAGCCGGGACAGUAGCACUAGCCAUGAGAGUGACAUUAGAUGUGACACCAGCACCAGCCAUGACAGCAGCAUUUGCCUGACCAACAACACCAAACAUCAUGCAACCACCAGCAAAUAGGGAGGAUGCAUCAUUUGUACCAGUUGUGUUAAUUUUGAUGAAUGAAGAGUAGACAUCAGCCUAAUCAUCCACAAACCGAUGAUUAUUUCUUAUUAUACUUUGAUGAUAAACCAGUGAAUAUAAUAGUGACACAAACAAACAAGUAUUACUAGUACACAAUUGUUAAUACAGCUAUUUCAAUGAAAUCAUACCUGCAAGAGUGGAGACAUACUGGUAUUGCAGAAAUAUACAUUUUUAUAACUUAUGCUAAUGCCACAUGUUCAUAAAACCAAAAUGUCAUAAUGUUGGAGCACAGAUCAACUGGUAUCAACGUCAGCUUUCAGGAAAAUUACAUCAGUUGAUCUCUUUCUGUUGUUAUUGCAGAUUUUUCAUUUCUGUGAUAAAAGUAAUCCCCAGAGAGAUGAUUUGCUCUGUAAAAUCAGAGAAAUGGUAAUGUAUUUGAAAAACAAAUUUAGUGAUUUCUUUUAUCCAUUCAAACAUUUUUGUAGAUGAAUCUUUGAUUUUAUUCAAAGACAGGCUUUCCUUCAAGCAAUGCAUUCCCAGCAAAAGAUAUCAGUUUUGGUAUCAAACUACUUGUUAUGCGUGAUUGUGCAGUAGGUCUAGUACUAGAUGUCAUUGUGUAUACAGGCAGGAAAAUAUUGAAAAAUCUGUUAGGAUUCUGGUGCUGUUGUCAUGAGAAUGGAGGAAACAUACCUUAGCAAGGGGCAUUUCAUAUUUACUGACAAUUGGCACACAAGCCCAACACUGAUUUUCUUAGGGUAAACAGAACAGAAGUGUGUAGGACAGUGAGAGAAACUAUGAAGAAUAUGCCAGUAUUCAAAAUACAUUUUGAUAGAAAUGAGGUGUUACAUAUUUCAUACCAGUGAUAUCAUGGCAUUUUGCUUGCAUAAGAGAUUGACAUUGUUGAAAGCCCUACAGAGGCAUAAUUUGAAACUAACUGGAAAGGUGGCUAGAGAGACCAGUGAACCUAUUGAGAAAUCGCUCACAAUCAUGCAUUUGGUAGACAAAUAUGACAUGCAGAUUAGAUCUGUCAAAUGUGUCAGAAAAAAGUUGCAGAUGGUAGUGUAUCUGAAAUUGUUUUUCAUCUGUUGCUGUUACAGUGCUAAAUGCAUAUAAUGUUUUCCUUGCAAAAAAUGGAAAGAAACUCAAACUAGUUAAUCUCCAUUUAUUUUUAAUAAGACAUAUAAUAGAAACCUACCAGGGUCACCAACAAAAAUCACAAAGUGAUCCAUUUCGGCCAAAGGCUGGUCCACACUUCACUGACAAGAAGAAACAAGCACACAAAUACACAAUAUUGUUAUAAGUUGUGUGAUAUUCCAUUGUGCCUUAUUCCAUGUUUCAAGGAAUACCACACCUUGAAAUAACUGUAAUGUAAGUACAUAUAUUUACCUGUACAUAAUGUUUGAACACAAAAAGUAUCCAUACAAAUAAGUUUAUUGUGAUCGUGAAUAUGGUGCUAUGUGCUGCUUAGAAUAUUUUAAGCAUUAAAAAAUGAAAUAAACUCUACAGUCAUUAGAAUAUAUUGUAUUUAGUGUUAUACACUAAAAAAUGGAGAAAUAUGCAUAUUUGCAUAAGAAAUGAAAAAAAAAAAACAUAAAUAUUUCUUGGCAGCAUCACGACAAUGUUGCCAACAGCACGUCAGUUUAUGACAGCUUCAACAGAGCAAAAAUGGUAUGUUAUUAUCAGAUUUUUUUUUUUUCAUCUUGUUCUAUUCAGAAAAAAAUAUGCUCUUUCAAUCCAUAAGAAAACAUUUUUUUUUUUUAAUUUUAUCACACCACAAACAUUUUUUUUUAUUUCUGGGUAUGUUACAGUUAGAGAGUUAAAAAAUGAUGCAGACAAAUAAAAAUCAUUCAUUAGUCAGCCUAUCAUGUACAAAUUAUAGCAGAAUCAUAAUGUAUGUUUUAUUUGUAUUCCUGAACAAAUUUACAUACAGCAUAUCUCCAUUAUGGCUUCUUUUCUGCUCAGAAGUGAUCAGUGUUUUGUCUUAGAUGAUAUAUUAUGUCUUCCAGCAUUUUCUCAUAUUAAGGAUUUAGUGUUCUUUGUAAAUAUAAUAAUUCUAGUUUCAGGACCAUUUAUAAACUUGGAAAAUACAAUAAGAGCUUUCAUUUGCGAGAACUAAUGAAGACCUGUGGCCAGUGAUCCCAUUGUAAUGUAACAGUAAAGAGUUUCCUACAUAGAAACUAACAAACAUUCUCCCAUUAUACACCAAUAAUUUAUGUAGUUUAGGAUAUUUAUGUAAUUUUCUAAUAAGCUUAACGUGUAAAUGAGAUGAGAUGCUUAACUCAUUUUGAUUAUCACUGAUAAAUAAGGUAAACACAAUAAACAGAAGUGAUAUAAUUGACUACAAAAGCCAAGUACUGUAACACUUUAUAAAAGUAAUUCUGUAAAAUUUUGGAAAAUAAUUAUAAAGCAACAUUUAUACUAAGCAGCAGGCAUGUGUGAGCAUGUUAGAUAGGAGUGAAUGGAGAUGAAUGUUUCUUGGGACCUGAUGAGCUGUUGGAGCAUGAGCAGGGUAAUAUUUUGUCAAGGGAUUCAGGGAAACUGGUUAGCCAGACUUGAGUCCUGGAGGUGGGAAAUACAAUGCCUGCACUCUAAAGGAGUGGUUUGGGAUAUUGGCUGUUUGGAGUGACAUCUAAAUUAUCAUAUCUGGGUACCUCUGCAAAGACAGUGAUAUUGUGUGAAUGAUGGUGAAAGUGUUUCUUUUUUGGGGGUCACCCUGCCUCAGUGGGAGAUGGCCAUUGUAUUGAAAAAAAAAUAUGCUAAAGUAAUUAUUGAAGAAUAAUUCUUAGAAGUCACUUUCUCCUAUAUUAUAAAUAAUUUUAAGAAUGACUUCUAUACAGUGGAACCUCGGUUUUCAUAUGCCCUAGUUUGUACGUAAAACUAUAGUUACUGUAUUCUCUAUAAAAUGUAUUUUUUGUUAAUAUUUUUGGGUGUCUGGCCUUGUGGCUUAGCGCUUCUUUUUGAUUAUAAUAAUAAUUUGGGUGUCUGGAACGGAACAAAGUAAUCCUUUCCAGACACCCAAAAAAUACAUUUUAUAGAGUAUAACUAUAGUUUUACAUACACACUAGGGCAUAUGAAAACCGAGGUUCCACUGUACAUAAUAUACAUAGUUCCUAUUUUCAAAGCACCAUUAAUGAUGGCCAUAACUUCUCUCAUAUUUAUUAUGUAAAUAUCAUUUAAAACUACUAAAAUUGCAAAAGAAUACAGCAGCAUUCUUAAUAUAGGACUGUAAUGAGAAAAUGUUGCAGUGUGAUUAAAAAUGUAUAAUAAAAGAAAUUACUGUAUUGAUAAUUGAGGCAUAGGGAGGGGGAUCCCUUGAUGCUGGUGAAGGGCUCUUGAUCCAAGGAAUUGUAACUACCUGCCAAAUUUGGAUCAACUCUGAUUACCUCCUAUUUCCCAGGUACUUUCCCAAGAAUAUAACAAUUAUAAGUGUGGCUUUAUCAAUAAAACAGUAAGGGUGAAAACAUCUGAAUGUUGGUAAAAAAAAGAAAAUGCUUUUCAAUGGUUUAUGCCUGUUAAAGGAGUAUAUUAAAAAUAAUUCUUUUAACACAAAUAGUAUUUUAAGGCACGUUUUUACCUUACAGUAGUUAACCCUCUCUUAUCCCCUGCCUCUGAUCAAAUCUAAAUGCCUGUACCCUCCAUCUCUUCAUUUGGCCUCAUUAGUAGGAAAAUAUCCCUGUUCUAGCAUAGCUUCCAUUGAUAAUGGUACAGUUGUUGUGACAUGCAACACAAUGGAAAUUGGACCACCUUAGGGCAUGUCAAUUGACACUGGUGAGACACUGUUAUAAGUACUACUGGAGAUUGCUUAACACUUAAACUGUCCAAACGUAGAUCUACGUUCACCUGCAUGGCGCUCUGAAUAUUUUGAAAAAUAAAAAAAAAAAUUUUGUUUUUAAAUUAAAGAGGGCAAUUUUCUUUGUGGUAUAAGACCAAAAAAAAAAUUUAGGACCAGUACUUACCGAGAUAUAAGACGGUGAAGGUGGGUCUGGAUGCUCACCUGAUGGCAACAUCCAGUCCUGCCGCUUGCAGAAGUGUUACCGAUUUACCUUUUUUUCUUGUUUUUAUUUUAAUUUAUAUAAUUUUUAUGUUCUGAUAAUUACAAUUUAUAAUAGUUCUUGUGAUUUCAUAGCCAAUCUUUGUUCUGACACUAAUAUUAUGUAUUGAAAUAGUACUCAAAUUGUAACAAUCACACUGACAGGUGAAUAUUUUCACCUGCCCUGGUCAUUUACUAUUGUCUAGAAAUAUAUACAAAGUAUUUAUAGGUCCCAGCAAUGUUUUAGACAUGCUGGAGUAUGAAACUCCUUGAAGCAUCAUGUUAUGACAAGGGUCAGAAUGUGCCCUGCUGGAGGGAACCUUGCCUUUAUAUGUUUUUACUCUUGUACACAAAUAUGUCUUUGUAUGUCUGUCUAUCAGUCUGUCUGUCUGCCUAGCUCUGCUUAUCUGUCUGUCCAGUUCAGCUUAUCUGUCUUUCUGUCUUGUGUGUGUGCCUGGAGUAUAAUAUGAACUCCUUGAAUAAUGGUGUUAUGACAAGCGUCAGAUAAGUGACAUUUGAUGAAUGUGCGCUGCUGGAGGGGGGAACCUUGCCUUUAUAUGUUUUUACUCUUCCACACAAACAUGUCUUUGUAUGUCUGUCUAUCAGUCUAUCUGUCUGCCUGUCUAGCUAUCUGCCUGUCUAUCUGCCUAGCUCUGCUUAUCUGUCUGUCCACCUGUGUGUGUCUGUCUUUCCAUCUGCUUGUCUCUGUCUCAGGGAGUGGCUAGUAAACCUGUUGGUUUGUGGUGUAUGUGCUGCUCCCUGAUUGCUGAGCAAGUGACACUGCUAUUAUUUGCGUCAUGUUUAUUUAUGUCUUAUAUCUACAAACACUGUAUAGCACUUGGCCUGGAAUUUUUGGGUUAUCCUAGGUAAUUUACAUUAUGUAUAAUUGUAUUUUUGAGUACAUGUGAGGGACAGAGAUACAAAUAGACAGUGAUAUAGACAGAGAUAUAGAUAGAGAUAUAGACAGAUACAGACAGAGGCAGCCAAAACCAGCCAGCUAGCCAGCCGAAUACAUAAGAACAUAAGAAAGAAGGAACACUGCAGCAGGCCUACUGGCCCAUGCAAGGCAGGUUCAUCUCACCCUCCGGCUUAGACCAAUGACCCACCUAGUAGGUCACAUCCACUGAAAGAAGGAGCAUGACAUCUGACCCAGUAGCACAAGCUAGUCAGGUCCAAUUCACACCCACCCACACCCACUCAUGCAUUUAUCUAACCUAUUUUUACUUUCCUCUUAAAAUGUGAAUGUUAAUAUGACAUGACAUCAGUGAAUCACUGGUGUUUGCCAUGCUAUUUGCUCUAGCUGGCGCUCAGUUGAACUGGUGCUCCCACAAGGUACUAAGUAGUCCCCGAUAUUUUUCAUAGUGCGCACACUGAGUGCACAGACCCAUUCUUUCAUGUCUAGGUGACUCAGGCCUAUCGCACCAAAUUUGAAGGAAUGAAAAAUAAAAUGUUGAUCUACGUUUGGAGCCCACCGCACGUGAACGUAUAUCUACGUGUGGACAGUUUAAGGGUUAAUGAUCCUGGAGUGGCAGGUGAAGGUGUAUAACUUUGUCAUUCCUGCUAGUUUGCCACUGCCAUUAUUAGCUCAUCAAUGUUUGUACAAGAUAUUUGUAUCCAGAAUAUUCUUAGUCCAUAUAUAUGUUACUAAAUGCUAAAUGCUAGGGUGUUGGGGAGAGGGGUGGGAUUAAAUUAUGCAGAUUUAAAAACAAAAUGAAAAUUGACAUUUACUUUUUGCUGAUGAUACUGUGCUUUUGGGCGAUUCUGAAGAGAAGUUGCAAAGGUUAGUGGACGAGUUUGGGAGGGUGUGUAAAGGUAGAAACUUAAAAGUGAACAUGGAUAAGAGUAAGGCAAUGAGGGUAUCAAAUAAUUUAGACAAGGAAAAAUUGGAAGGAGGGAAUAUGGAAGAAGUGAAUGCGUUCAGAUAUUUGAAAGUAGACUUGUUGGCGGAUGGGUUUAUGAAGGACGAGGUAAACCAUGGAAUUGAUGAAGGAAUAAAUGGUGGGUGGUGCAUUGAGGUAUCUGUGGAGGCAAAGAAGGGAAUGUAUGAGAGUACGUAUUGUGGUACCAACACUUAUAUGGGUGUGAGCAUGGGUUGUGAAUGUUGCAGCAAGGAGGAAGCUGGAGGCAGUGGAGAUGUUAUGUCUAAGGGGUAAAAGAGGUUUUUGCAUACAAGGGGCUUUGAUAUACAAGAGGCAUAGGUGAGCAUGUUAGAUGGGAGUGUUGAUGAAUGAUUUUUGGGACUUGACAAACUGUUAAAGUGUGAGCUGGUAAUAUUUUGUGAAGGGAUUCAGGGAAACCAGUUAGCCUGACCCGAGUCUUGGAGGUGGGAAGUAUAAUGCCUGACCUUUAAAGGAGGGAUUUGGGUUAUUUGUUGUUUGGAGUGACAUCUGAACUGUCAUAUCUGCACACUUCUGCAAAGACAGUGAUUGUGUGUGAAUGAUGGUUAAAAUGUUUUUUGGGUCACCCUGUCUUGGUGGGAGAUGGCCAGCAUGUUGAAAAAAAAUUUACUAAUGGUAGCUCAAUAUAAUUUCAUAUCCCUACAUUAAUAAAAAAAAUUGCAUUACUAUAUGUACUUUCAAAAAUAAUAUUCUUUGCUAAUAAUGAUCUUAAGAAAAAUUUAUGCCAGUAAUGGAAACCUUAUGGUCUUUUAUGAGGAAAGAAAUAAAGGGGUUUCACAUAAGUAGCUUUAAUUUUUGGGAAAAAUUACAUUUAUUGGGAAGCAAUUGGGAGAGUGUGCAAUGCAGCAGAAGUGUUAAAUAUGGUAGCUGUUGUGCCAUGAAUGUGAUAUAUUUAUUGUAUCAUUUAAAAGUAAUAUUGUAUAUAAGAAUGUAAUUUUUAUUUCAACAUACUAUCAACCCACUGCUAAUAAAUAUUUUUAAAUUACAAUAC